AUGAGAAGAGCUUGGAGUGCCCCAGGACAUGCUGGGUCAUACCAUCCAAAGGAAAAGAUGAAUUAUCACAAUUUGCACCUCCCGUGGCAAAGAAGGAAGCAUGACACCUGCAGGUCAGUGGAGAUGAGUGGACAAGACCCUCUCAGCCUCUUGGAUCUUGCAGCACAGAGCCUCCUGAAUGAUGAGGACUCAGCUGUCCGUGCCCUGGAGAAGCUCCCUGUGGGCCUCUUCCCAGCACUGUCCACGGCAGCUUUUGAUGGGGGACACACGAAGACUGUGACAGCAAUGGUGCAGGCCUGGCCCUUCCCCUGCCUCCAUCUUGGAUCAUUAAGAGAUCAGUCAAUAACUCAAGACCUCUUGGAAGCUGUCCUAGAUGGGCUGGAACUGGUUCCUACCAGUGCUGCUUGCCCCAGGAAAUCGAAGCUGAAGGUGCUGGAUUUUACCCAUGACUUUGAGCACUCCAACUGGGAGGAGUGCUCUGAGACGACUCCUGCUCCCUUUGUCAUCACACACAUGCUGGAAGAGCCAGAGGCAGACCCGCUGGCGCCCAGUUCCAAAGAACAGCCUCCGCAUCACCGAGAACCUGUGGAAAUCCACACAGACCUUUUCCUCGGCGGUUUGUUCGGCUUCUUCCACCUGUCGGGGUUCCCCUCGUACAUACUGCAGAGAGUUGAGAAGAGCCAUGGCUGUCUGCGCCUCCGCUGUCGGACCCUGGUCAUCAACCAGGUGCCAUUGCGCAGCCUUGUCGAGAUCCUGGGAAUGCUGGAGCUGGAGACCAUCCGAGAGGUGAGGCUUCAUCACAGGAGCAGGUUCUGCUUCCGGUCGGACCUGAUCCAGUUCUUCACCCACGUAGGGCAGAUGAGCAACCUGGGCCACCUCAUCAUGAACGACAUCCCCUGGGAUUUCCCUGCAGACUGUUUCUCCUUGCUGAGUCCACUGGGCCACCUCCAGAAGCUCCAUCUCAUCUUUGGCUGUCUCUCAGGCCAGCUACAGAAGAUGCUGAGUGGCCUGCAAAAACCACUAGAGACACUGGUGAUUAAUGGAUGUAGGCUUACUGAGAAUGACAUCACUUACUUGUCCCAGAGCAUUCAUGCCACCCACCUGAAGGAGUUGGUCCUCUGUGGCAAUAAUCUAUCCCAGAUGGUUCCUGGGCCCCUCGAGGUUCUGCUGGGGGAGGUCUCAGGCACUCUGCAGCACCUGAACUUGAGAAGCUGCCGGCUGAAGGAAGCCCAGCUCCGAGCCCUGCUGCCUGCCCUGUGCUGCUGCUCCCACCUCCGCUCUCUGGUGUUCUACGACAAUGUCAUCUCCACCUCAGGCAUCAUGAACGUGCUGCAGCACUUAGCGGCGCUGAAGGAGCUGAAGCGUGUGCAGUACCCUGUCCCUGCUGAGUGUGUUGUGUACUUGGAUGAAUACAGGUGGGGGAACCUCAACAGAGUGGAGCUCGCCCGCGUGCAUGCCAAGUUGCAGGAAAUGUUGCAGGCACUACAGCGGGCCGACAUGGAGUUGACUAACUCGACCUCAGUGGCCUGA